AUGCGUAAGCCUUCUAUUACGAUAACAACAGCAAAAGCUAUUAUAACUCCAGACUAUACUCUUAUUAAAUCGCAUUCUAAAUACCAACUUCCUUCACGUUUUCAAAAGCUAGAUGCAGACUCACCUGAGAGAAGUACAGUUGUUAAGCUAUUUUACCGCCGAUUUAUGAGGCUUAAGCCUUUCAUAUCGAAUGUGAAAAUGGUUAAAGAUACUUACAGGGAUUAUGUUCGAUAUAAGUUUAUGAAAGAAAACUACGAACUCAAACGAUACUUGGUAUUCAAUCCUGAUGGCUUGAGGUCGAAAAUCAAUCUUGAGCUUCUCAGCAACACGAAAUGUUGUGAAAGGAUACUCCCCGUGACUGAGAUGCAAAGAACCUUGGAAUUUGUUCUGAAGAGCUGUUCAUACUUGCCCGAAACAAAAGUUCAAAAGUGGGAUAUUGCAAGGGACAACACAUAUUGCAGGCAAAUUUUAAAGAACCUUUUAACAAUGCAAUAUGAAAAGUACAGAUCGAUUUUGCAUAGAGGAAUAGGCCAUGAUGAGCUUGACGUCAAAUUCUCUCAUUUGAAAACUACUUCUAGUCCGCUAACUAAGCUAAAUAAAACCGAAAAGAAAAAGAUUCCGCUUUUCAAAGUAUUUAGUGAUUUCGAUACAACAUUGAUAUAUCUCAAUGAGACAUUAGGUACAAGGUUAUAA